AAAUAAUCAUAUAAAAUCAGGUCAAGGUUGAUCUACAUCAUCGAUCGAUUGAGGAAGUACAUUAUCGGACAAAAGAUAUUAUUGUGUUAUUAACAGAUAUUUGAUCAUUGAAUAAGAUACACCGUUCCUCACAGAAAGAAAAGAAUGUCAACAACGACUGCAAAUAUUCAAAUGUCAACCCCAUUUAUACCACAAGUAGUUGGAUUUCAACAAGCUCCACCAGUCGGACGCCAGCAACAAGCAUUUCCAGUGAGGACAUUUAAGGUGUUUGGUGGUGUGCAGAUUGGUCUUGGUGUUCUUCUGGGAAUUCUCAGUAUAAUUGGAGUGAUUAUGGAUAUAAUUGCAUGGAACAAAUACGCCGACUGUCGCAACAAUUAUAAUUAUUACGAUGGCUAUAAUGAUCAAUAUUUGAUGUGCAGACGAUAUUAUGAUGAUGAUCACGUACUUUUUGCAUUUGACAUAACUUGUCUAAUAUGCUCUGGAUGGUAUAUUGUAACUGGUUUUUUGCCUAUGUGUAUGUCAAAGAAGAGGGAGGCGAGCUGGAAAUGUCUGAAAACUGGAUUUAUGGUGUGUAGCAUAGUUGGAGCGUCAGUUUUUGUUCCUACAAUGUUCAGUCUUGGUGUAGUCGGAUCAGUUAUAAGAGGAAAUAACCAUUCAAAAGCUGUGGUUCUGUCAGCUUUCAUGGCUGUGUUGACCUUUGCAGAAGUAGUAGUGGCAAUCAUUGCCGCUUCAUUCUGUUGUUGCUGCUCCGCAUUGAGGACUUCAACUCACCAGGAAGUUGUUAUAAUGCAAAGUACACAACCAGGAAUGUUUCUUAACCCACCACAGACUCAGAUUCCUAUCGCAAACAGCCACCAGGUCAUGAUAGCUACUGGACAACAAGCUAAUGCAAUCGUUCAAUAUCCUGCAGCGCAACACUAUCAUGUUAUGCCUACUAAUCAACCGUCAGCUCAACAGAGUCCGGCAGUUUGUGGUACACAACUAGAAGUGAACCAUGGACAAGUUUUUGAUACUAAUCCACCUGCUUACAAAGAAUAACAAUCUCUUACAUGCGAUUGUGUUCGUUGUAAAAAUCAAAAGACUUUUAAUCUUAAUUUAUACAUUACUAACACUUGUGAUACAACAGAACAUAAUUAUAUAAGAAUACGUGCUUAGAAAUACGAUUGUUUUUUACCCUAAUAAUUUUUUUCUAAUGUGAAAACAUAAGGUUUUACUUUUAAAGACAAUUAGAAACUGAUAAAAAGUGUUCAUUUUUCGAUAAAAAUGUUAAAAUAUGGGAGACAAUAAUUGCCUUCCAGUUUGGAAAUGAAUCUCUGAAAAAAAAAAAUAUGAAUAUCAUAUUAUACAAUUUCUCUUUUUAUAUUUCUGUAAUAUUUCACUGAAAACAUGAUCAGAAUUAGUAAUGUUAAAUCUCUUUCAACUUAAUUAUACUUGAAUAUGAUUGCCAAAAUACAAACAGGUCUAUAUUAAUCACCUCCCACUGUCUACAUACCUAAUUUGAAGAGAUACAACAACUGAAACCGUUUUCAGUUGAUUUGAAAAUGAUAUGACUGUAACCCGGAUUUGUUUUUGUCUCGAUCGAUUAAUGACUUUCUAACAGUGGUAUACUAAUAUUGCCUUUAUUUAAUGAAUACAUCAAUAAACAAUGUAAUAGGUCCUAGCAACACAUAUUUUAAGAAUCUAAAGAAUAAUAAUCAAUUUAGCAUUUGUAACAUUUGAAGCAGGAUCUGCUUACCCUUCCGGGGCACCUUAGGUCACCCCUAGUAUUUAAUGGGUUUUUUGUUGCUUAAUAUUUAGUUUGCAAUUUGUGUCAUGUGUUCUAUUGUUUGCCUGUUUGUACUCUUUCAUUUUUAGCCAGGCGUUGUUAGUUUAUUUUUGAUUUAUAAGUUUGACUGUCCCUCUGGUAUCUUUCGUCCCUCUCUUCUAGCAUAUGUUGACACCAAAAUUGACAUAUAAAAUAACAUUAUGUGUAAUGAUUUUUUCUUGCAAAUAGCUUGCCUAAAAUGUGGAUUCAUGAUUGAUGAUAAAUGUA